AUGGAACAGGAACAGCUGAAGGUGGAGGAUGGGUGGGUUCCGUGCCGUACUCUGCAGCUGAUCGACGCCCCGGCUGACGCCCUGGCCACCCCGGCCCCCAACCACAAGCUGGCCUACCGCGACUGGAAGCCGUCCAAGGUCGGCGCAGAGCCCGCUCCCGUCGUCUUCGCCGUUCACGGCCUCACCAGGAACUCCAGGGACUUUGACACGGUUGCUGAAGCCCUGGUGAAGGACGGGUAUCGGGUCAUUGCGGUGGACAUGCCCGGCCGUUGGAACAGCGGUCAGCCCUCCCUCCACAGCCCGCACGAGCGCGUGCCGGCGGCCAACUAUUCGUAUCCGCAGUACAUUCACGACAUCCGCACACUCGCGCACCAUCUGGGCCUCACGAAGAUCGACUGGCUCGGCACCUCCAUGGGCGGUAUGAUCGGCAUGCUUCUCGCGGCUCAGCACGACUCCCAAGACGUGCACCCGGUGGAGAUUGGUAGGUUCAUCAUGAACGACAUCGGGCCGUUCGUGCCGGCCACCGGCCUGCACAGGCUGGGCAAAUACGUCGGCAAGGAGUCCAAGUUCAGAUCGAUGGACGACGUCCGCGCCUACGUGAAGAGGAUCGCGCAGCAAUUCGGGUGCCACACAGAGGAAGAGUGGGAGAAGAUCACCAAGUACUACGUGCGGCCCGUGAUGGGUGGGGGCGAGUACGAGUACGAGCUGCACUACGAUCCGGCCAUCGCGUCGUCCAUCCCCUCCGACCCGGCCCAGUUCACGGACAUCGACCUGUGGAAGUUCUGGGAACACGUCAAGUGCGACUCCCUUCUUCUCCUGCGCGGAGCUGAUUCGGACAUCCUCCCGAAAGCGGUGGCGGAGGAGAUGGUGAAGAGGGCGAGGUUCCCCGUGCGCAUCCAUGAGUUUGCCGGCGUGGGCCACGCGCCCGCCCUCGUCACGGACGACCAGAUUCAGGUGGUCCGCCACUUCUUCCUCGAGGGUCCCGCUGCCGAGUGA